CUUUUUACCCCAUUCGAAUUAAACAACAAUGUACAAGUCAACGAUCGACAUGUCGAACAUGAGAAUUUGACGUUUUUUUGAAGGGAUAACGAGUUAAAUGCUUGGUUUUUUUAAAUUAUAGCUUCUAUAUGGAACACUUUGAUGCAUUUUUGCGCACAAAGUUCAAGAGCAAUGGGUAUCCUAACACCAGUCAAGCCAUUCCAGAUGUGAAAGCUGCUUUAGAAAAUUACAAAACAUUGAGACCAAAUGCGAAAAUUUUCGCAAAUAAAGAACUUGUGUGUCUUGAAGGAACAAUUCCAGUUGUAUAUAGAGGUUCAACUUACAACAUCCCAAUUUGUAUAUGGCUUCAAAAAAGCCAUCCCUAUAUACCCCCCAUUGUCUUUGUUGUCCCUACACCAGAGAUGGAGAUAAAGGUUGGACGUCAUGUUGAUACAGAAGGAAGGGUGUACCUCCCCUUUUUAAGUGAAUGGAAACAUCCUGGGUCGGACCUUUAUCAGUUGAUUCAGUUGUUAUGUAUGAUCUUUGCUGAAACACCACCUGUGUUUGCCCGCACAAAACCUGCUUCACAUGCAAACUACCAACAUGCAGGUUUUCAACCCUACCCGCCUAGACCAAAUAAUCCUUUACCCCAGGGCUUUUAUCAAACUGGACCAUCUCGAAUGCCAAUGCCCGGAAAUGCUGCUAUAAGGCCUACCCAUCCAAAUAUCCCCCCUUAUCCUGCCUCAACAUCUGGUGCCAUGCCUCAACCUAAUAGACCAACACCUCCAUCCAGACCACUACCCCCACCCAUACCACCACCUUCAUCUAGACCACUACCUUCAUCCAGACCAACACCCCCAUCCAGACCACCUCCCCCAUCUAAUCAACCCUAUCCGUCUCAUGGGGGUUUUCCACUACCUGGUGUUCCACAAAGUGAAACAAAUCAACCCCCUUACCCUGUUUCCCAAACUUACCUUUCUACUCAAAACAAUCCCCCUGCAACAACUGCUACAGCAACAGGAUUGUCUCGCAGCACCCAGAGUAGUUUCAGAAUAUCCUCUGACAUGAUGAAGGCCAGUAUUAAAAGUGGGGUUGAAGAUAAAUUGAGAAGACAGCUGAAUGAAGUAUUUCUUCAAGCUCAGACCGAAAUGGAUACCCUUAAACAGACUGAAUACAAGCUGAAUGAAGGAAGGAGCAAAUUAGAAAACAUGAUACAACAGAUAGAGACAGAGGAGUCUGAUGUGUCUAAAGAUAUUGAAACACUGAAGCAAAAAAAUACCGAAAUCGAAGAUGCAGUCAAAACAUUACAACAGCAAUCAGAUAAAGUGAAUAUUGAUGAUGCUGUAGUUCCAACAACACCUUUAUAUAGCCAGAUUUUGAAUUUGUAUGCUGAAGAGAAUGCAUUAGAUGACACAAUGUAUUAUCUUAGUGAAGCUUUAAGGCGGGAAAAAAUUGAGUUGGAUGUCUUUCUAAAGCAUGUUCGUUCCCUCUCUCGGAAGCAGUUUAUGUCUCGUGCCUUGCUGCAAAAGGCAAGAAAAAGAGCUGGUCUUAGUGAACUGUAAAUGUAUGAGCACAGUCAUUAAGAAGAAAAUAUUCAAAAGUGUUAUUGCAGUAUUGAAACAUAUUUCUCAGCAAUGUUACAACAACAUGGUAUAUUUAAUUGUUGAUAAGCACAUUGAUGGCAAUGUCUUGAGAAUGCAAGUAUUUGUUCAGGGUUUGUUUACCGUUGCAUGCCAUGAAGAUCUUCAGUAAAUAUGCCUAUGAAAUAUUCAAUUCCUACUUUAACACACCUAGUCACUGUUUGAAAAAUAAUGUAUUGCACACACUUAUAAAAAAUGGACAAAGCGAUUCAUAAGAAUAGUGUAUUUGAAUCCCUGUUCUAAUAUAUUACACAUCAUAUAUUAAAAUAAGUUCAUAUUUUAUGUAUAUGUAUAAUGAGUUUCCAUAUGUACAAUAAAAAUACUCUUACAGUGUAAAACAUGAAGCAACAAACAUAAAUACUCAAAUAUGUGUGCAACCAAUUAUCAAUCUCAUAUUAAACUAUCCUCAAGUGAAAA